GGUCCGACACGUUUUUCCGUGUACCAUACAUUCCUUGCUCCUUGUUGAGCGCAUAGUGGUCGUUUGUACUGUGAAGUAGUUUGGUUUCUUUCUGUCGUUGGUGUGAUUUUGGUACUGUGGAACCCAUCGUCAUGUCGGACACAUGGAGCAACAUUCAGGCGCAUAAGAAGCAGCUUGACUCUCUGCGGGAGAGGCUGCAGCGGCGGCGGAAAGACCCUGCACAACUGUCCACGGAUAGUGGAGGCAGCACAGAUGCUUCCACUGCCAGGAGUGACAGUCCAGCUCCAUCAGCUCCAUCUACCUCUCAGGUGGAGACGGAAAAACCACCAGAUCCUGAGCUGGAGAAAAGGCUGCUGGGAUAUCUGUCUGAUCUGAGUCUUUCUCUGCCUACUGACUCUCUCACAAUCACAAAUGAACUCAAUAAUUCUGAAUCAGCUGUUAGUCACAGCUGCAUUCAGAGUCUGCUGCUCAAAUUCUCAGCUCAGGAGCUCAUCGAGGUCCAGCAGUCCUCCUCCGCCUCCUCCACAGUCGUGGUAGCUGUGGAUCACACUAAACUAUGGGCUAUGAUUGGGCCUGCAGCUGGAGCCCAGCGCUCUGGAAUUAAGAGAAAAGCUGAGGACCAAACCCACAACAAAAGAGCUGCAGGCUUCUCACCAUCGACUCAAAUCUCUGCCUCCCCACCACAUUCGUCCACCACCUCUAUCACACCAGCUUCCUCCUGUCAGCUGGCAGUGUCUGGGAGCGGGGCAGAUAAGAAGGGCAGGAGUAGUAAAAGCCAGUCAUCUCAUGUGGACAUGGAGAUUGAGAGCCUCUUGAACCAACAAUCCACAAAAGAGCAACAGAGCAAGAAGGUGAGCAGAGAGAUUCUGGAGCUUCUAAACACCAACACAGCUAAGGAGCAGUCCAUCGUGGAAAAGUUUCGGUCUCGUGGCCGGGCUCAGGUCCAAGAGUUCUGCGACCACGGGACCAAAGAGGAGUGUGUGCGUUCUGGGGACACACCGCAGCCAUGCACCAAGUUACACUUCCGUCGCAUCAUCAACAAGCACACAGAUGAGAGCCUUGGGGACUGCUCCUUCCUUAACACGUGUUUCCACAUGGACACGUGCAAAUACGUCCACUAUGAGAUUGACAGCCCACCAGAGGCUGAGGGGAAUCUGCUUGGGCCACAGGCAGGAACCUCGGAGCUCGGCCUCCACGCAGGCGACGUAGACAGCAACGUCGGCAAGCUUUUCCCUUCACAGUGGAUCUGCUGUGAUAUUCGCUUUUUGGACGUUUCCAUCCUGGGUAAAUUUGCUGUGGUGAUGGCAGACCCUCCCUGGGAUAUCCACAUGGAGCUGCCCUAUGGAACACUGACUGAUGACGAGAUGAGAAAACUCAACAUCCCCAUCCUACAGGAUGAUGGCUUCCUCUUCCUCUGGGUCACCGGCAGGGCCAUGGAGUUGGGUAGAGAGUGUCUCAAUCUUUGGGGUUACGAGCGUGUUGAUGAAAUCAUUUGGGUGAAAACCAACCAGCUACAGAGAAUUAUCCGAACUGGGAGGACAGGCCAUUGGCUGAACCACGGGAAGGAGCACUGCCUCGUGGGUGUAAAGGGAAACCCACAGGGUUUUAACAGAGGGUUGGACUGUGAUGUAAUUGUGGCAGAGGUUCGCUCCACCAGUCACAAGCCAGAUGAAAUCUAUGGCAUGAUUGAGAGACUCUCACCCGGAACCAGGAAGAUUGAGUUGUUCGGUCGACCCCACAACGUCCAGCCCAACUGGGUAACUCUUGGAAACCAGCUGGAUGGGAUCCAUCUUCUGGACCCAGAUGUCGUUGCUCGGUUCAAGAAGCGUUAUCCUGACGGCGUCAUCUCCAAACCCAAAAACAUGCAGUGAUGACGUCAUCGGUCUGUUGUCGCAGGUCGGGAGAAGUUUGUCUAUAGAUUCUUUUUUUGUCUUCUUUUUUUUUAUACCACAACUUUUUUAAAUAAUCAUGUUAAUAAAUUGUGUUAACAAGACAAAUGGUCUGUGCCUUGGUGAAGAAAUGAAACCCUGCAAAGGAAUGUCUUGAUCACCUUUUUAACCUUUAUGCAUGUGACCCCAGAUUUAGUACAGAAAUAAUUCACUCACAAUUUUAAAAAAACGGCUCAGGAAGCAUUGCUAAUGAA